GUUUCAGCAUCAUGUGACUGCUGAGUUUCCGGUUCCUAUUGCCAUGAAAGUUGGUUGCUUAUAAAUUAACAAAAUGCCAAAGAAAAAGACAGGACAAAGAAAGAAAGCAGAAAAGCAGCGUCUGCGGCAAAAGGAGAUUAGGACUGCAUUUUAUCAAAAACCAUUAGCUGAACAUCCUUGCAAUGCAGCCAUGGAAUGUGACAAAUGCAAUAGGAAACAGAAAAACAGGGCAUUUUGUUAUUUUUGUUCUGCGGUUCAAAGAAUUCCAAUGUGCUGCCAAUGUGGAAAAACAAAGUGUAUGUUAAAGACAGGUGAUUGUGUUGUAAAGCACCCUGGUAUUUAUGCAACAGGAUUAGCUAUGGUGGGUGCAAUUUGUGACUUUUGUGAAGCAUGGGUAUGCCAUGGUAGAAAAUGUCUUACCACUCAUGCUUGUAAUUGUCCAUUGCAAGAUGCUUUGUGUGCAGAAUGUCAGAGAGGAAUUUGGGAUCAUGGUGGCCGAGUUUUUAAAUGCUCCUUCUGUGAUUCGUUUCUCUGUGAAGAUGAUCAAUUUGAACAUCAAGCUAGCUGUCAGUUCUUGGAAUCAGAAACUCUCAAAUGCCAAUCUUGUAAUAGGUUAGGCCAAUAUUCAUGUUUGAGAUGUAAGACUUGUUACUGUGAAGACCAUGUAAAAAGGAAAGGAUUCAAGUAUGAACGAAAUCAGCCCAUUCCAUGUCCGAAAUGCAACUAUGAUACGCAACAAACUAAAGAUCUUAGCAUGUCUACUCGUAAACAUGACUAUGGCCGACAAACUGCUGGUGGUGGAGAGAAUGGAUAUAGUGAUGAAGAAGGUGCCUCUGGUUAUUCAGGAGGGUAUUAUGGCAAUGAUUAUAAUGAUGAUAUAGAUGAUGAUGAUAGUUCUACAGAUGAUAAUGAAGAGGAUGAUGAUGGAGAUGAUGAAGAAGAGGAAGAUUCUGACGAAAAAGAGAAUAUUUAAGCAUUUAUUAAUGAAAUGUAGUAAAUUAACUAACAAAAAUUUUAUCAUGUGUGUUUAAAAUAAAUUCAUUAUUUAUUUUGUGAGCAAAAA